AUGGCAUCGCAGACCUUGGCCAACAUCGAUAUCGUCACAGCGUUGCGGGAGGUACAUCAGGACUUGAGUGAAGUCCAUCAGUUCUUCAAGCAAUGGACACCGGUCAAGGCAGCGCACCACCAAGGCCAUAUGGUGCUUAUCGAAAGGCUGAUUUCCGAAAUCGAGAACGGUUACUACCCCAACAUGGAACAGGACGAGGUGGAAUAUUGGCGCGCGUAUGCGGACAGCGAAAUGAAAUCGAGAAGUGCCUGCCGACUGUGCACUGCGCCCGAAGAAACACUGGAACUCGCCGCUGCGCAGGAACGACGACGUGGCAUACUUUGGGCCUGGGAAAGGGAUCUCGCACGCUCUUCACUUCGUCCUCUCAAGAUCACCGACCUGCCUCGAGAGCUUCUGCGCAACAUUCUGGACUACUUUGAAGCCCCGGAUCUUCCAAUAUAUCGAUCUAUGGACAUGGUGGAGAUCCCCGGCAGAGAUUCACACAAAGAUACAUGGCAGGCCACGCACUGGCUAAGGAACGUUCAACGCUGCCGACUCACGUGUCGCCUCUUUGACGAAUUGGCCUCGCCGUAUCUGCUCCCGUGGCUCAGGGUUUCGCUAAACGAGGCUUCCCUGCCCCGAGCUACCGAAAUUUCACUUCGGCCGCAUAUUGCCGCAGGUGUCCGCGGUGUUAGGAUCCAGCUGGCGUACUAUUAUCCCGCGCUCGCACAGGACUUUCAAGAGUGGGCAGCGGCCCGAGAGCAGAGAAUGGACGCGUUCGUCAGCCAAAUUUGGGCGAACCACCGUGUAUACCCAAAUCGACCGUGGCGGGAACGGGCCAGAGCACCGACAGGAUGGCACUUGUACGUCGAUGACAACACCCACGAGAAAUAUCCCGAGUUCAACGAGGUCCUUGACAAGUGCCAUGAGGAGUAUUGGCGCAGAUCUGUCGAGCAGUCGAGUCUCCUCGCUGAUGGACGUUUCGUCAACUGUCUUGCUGCAGCCAUGGCCAGAUUUCCACGCUCUGGCAGGGUAGAGUUUACAGACUCCACAGAGUACGAAGACAUCAUAACCCCUACCAGGUACCGGAAGCUCCGCUACUUGCUGGAUAGCCCAGAGGGGUUUUGUCGAUACCUGUGUAGGCCUGACCCGUGGGUGAUGUGGGACACGUCGACAGGUGAUGAAGUCCGCCCAGCGAAGAUCAUGGCCGAGCUACCCGUCGCUAUGUGGAAAGCCGGGGCACGCCUCGAAGAUGUCUGGAUUCAUUGUUUUCCGCACCAAGCGUUUUCCGCGUUGCGACCUGGCCAGAACCAAACGGAUAGCCUGCUGCAGAUUGUUGAGGCGAGGAUUGCCGCCCGCCGACCCUCCGGGUUUCCUCGAGACGCCCUCCCACCAAACAUCAUCAUCAUCGACCGCCGUCUCUCUGCCGCGUCGCCCGCCCCCGUCACAAUGGAUCAUCCGCUCGUGCAGAAAGCCCUGGGCUACAUACGCCAGAUCCCUCCCGUGCCGGAGCAGGUCCAAUUGGGCUUUGCUGCCAUCGGCGCCCUGUACCUCGGGUCCAAGCUCCUGAGCUACCUGUCGCUCCUCCUCAGCGCCUUCGUCUUUGUUGGCCACCCUCUUCGCAGGUAUGGCCGCGCCGGCUCCUGGGCCGUCGUCACGGGCGCCUCGGACGGCCUCGGCAAGGAGUACGCGAUGCAGCUCGCCGCCAAGGGCUUCAACCUCGUCCUCGUCUCGCGAACCCAGUCCAAGCUCGACACCCUCGCCAAGGAGAUCGAGCAGAAAUACCCCGGCAAGGGCCUGCAGGUCAAGACGCUGGCCAUGGACUUUGCCAAGAAUGACGACCGCGACUACGACCUGCUGCGCGAGCUGAUCCGCGGCCUGGACAUUGCGGUGCUCAUCAACAAUGUCGGCCAGAGCCACAGCAUCCCCGUGUCCUUCAUCGAGACGCCCAAGGAGGAGCUGGAGAACAUUGUCACAAUCAACUGCAUCGGCACGCUCAAGGUCACCCAGAUCGUCGCCCCCGUGCUGAAGGCGCGCAAGCACGGCCUGAUCCUGACCAUGGGCUCCUUUGGCGGCUGGACCCCCACCCCGUACCUGGCCACGUACUCGGGCAGCAAGGCCUUCCUCCAGCAGUGGAGCAAUGCCCUCGCUUCUGAGCUGGCUGACGACCACGUUGACGUCUACCUGGUCCUGAGCCACCUCGUCACUACGGCCAUGAGCAAGGUCCGCCGCCCCAGCCUGCUCAUCCCCAACGCGCGCAACUUUGUCAAGUCGGCCCUGGGCAAGAUUGGUCUUGGAGGCUACCAGACCGCGCCCAACACUUACACCCCCUGGUGGAGCCACGCCGUUAUGCUGUGGCUUAUCGAGAACGUUCCCGGUGUCAAUAGCCCGAUCACCAUCUGGUACAACAAGAAGAUGCACGUUGACAUCCGCAAGAGGGCCCUGCGCAAGCGGGAGCGCGAGGCCAAGAAGCAGUAA